AUGAAAACGGAAUCAACUUCUGUGGAUUCUAUAUUUUAUAACACACUUCUUUCACGCGUUAACAAGGAUGAAAAGAUACAGAACUAUGUUUCAGAGACCGAAAUACAGUUUAUUUUAAACGAAGUUAGUAAAAUCUUUCAAGAAGAAUCAAUUCUACUUGAGAUACCAGCAAAAUUACACGUUGUUGGAGAUUUACAUGGCAAUGUCAAUGACUUAGUCCGUAUAUUUCAGAAGGUAGGAUAUCCUCCUGAACAAAAAUAUCUCUUUCUUGGUGAUUACAUUGAUAGAGGUGAUUAUUCAAUCGAAGUUUUACUAAUCUUAUUCUGCCUCAAGAUCAAAUUCCCAUCUCAUGUUUAUAUGCUCAGAGGAAAUCAUGAAAUUGUAUCGAUGUCAUCAUAUUAUGGAUUCAAGGAUGAGAUUGAAUCAAAAUACAACUUAAAGAUGUUCCAUGAAUUUCAUAAAGUCUUUAAGCUAUUACCUCUUGCAUGUUUAAUCCAAAAGAAAAUUUUUUGUGUUCAUGGAGGUUUAAGUCCCUCAUUCAAGUCGUUUAAACAUCUUAAGUCUCUUGAUAAGCCAGGAGACCUAGAUCGACCAUCAAUGUUUCUAGAUUUUGUCUGGAGCGAUCCCAAGGAUCAAGAUGAAAAAUACACUCCAAGUAAAAGGAGAUCCGGAAAGUAUUUCAAUCAAAAAGCACUUAAUGCUUUCCUACGUAAAACAGGUGUGGAACUUGUUUUACGCGCCCAUGAAUUUAGUCCUCAUGGUUAUGAUUUCCCUUAUAAGAAAACAGAUGCAUGCAUCACAGUUUUUAGUACAUCAAACUACUGUGGUCGCAAUAACAAAGCUGCAAUUAUUAAUGUUUCACCAACUUUAGAAGUCACUUUGACGUCUUUUGACCCUACAAAUGGUGAACAACCAAUCAUAGUAUUCCCUCAAUGGGUAGACUAUUUAAUGGUCCAGUGUGUUAAAGACACUAAAGAUUCUAUUAGUGAACCCAUUUCUGAAGUUGAUGUUUCAAAAUCCAAAGGAACUACUCUUGAAGUAACUCAGAACAAGCUACCUUGCGAUCUUUUAUUCUAA